AAUAUGGUUUCUAGUUUUAGAGUUUCUGAACUACAAGUGUUACUAGGCUUUGCUGGACGGAAUAAAAGUGGACGCAAGCAUGACCUCCUGAUGAGGGCUCUGCAUUUAUUGAAGAGCGGCUGCAGCCCUGCGGUUCAGAUUAAAAUCCGAGAAUUAUAUAGACGCCGAUAUCCACGGACUCUUGAAGGGCUUUCUGAUUUAUCUGCAAUCAAAUCAUCAGUUUUCAGUUUGGAUAGUAGCUCAUCAUCAGUAGAACCUGACUUGGCUGUGGCUGGAAUCCACUCAUUGCCUUCCACUUCAGUUACAUCUCACUCACCGUCCUCUCCUGUUGGUUCUGUGCUACUUCAAGAUACUAAGCCCACUUUUGAGAUGCAGCAACCAUCUCCUCCAAUUCCUCCUGUCCAUCCUGAUGUGCAGUUAAAAAACCUGCCCUUUUAUGAUGUCCUUGAUGUUCUCAUCAAGCCCACAAGUUUAGUUCAAAGCAGUAUUCAACGAUUUCAAGAGAAGUUUUUUAUUUUUGCUUUGACACCACAACAAGUUAGAGAAAUAUGCAUAUCGAGGGACUUUUUGCCAGGUGGGCGGAGAGAUUAUACAGUUCAAGUUCAACUGAGACUUUGCUUGGCAGAGACAAGUUGUCCUCAAGAAGAUAACUAUCCCAAUAGUCUCUGUAUAAAAGUAAACGGGAAGCUGUUUCCUUUGCCUGGUUAUGCACCACCGCCAAAAAAUGGGAUUGAGCAGAAGCGCCCUGGACGCCCCUUGAAUAUCACAUCUUUAGUUAGGUUGUCUUCAGCUGUGCCAAACCAGAUUUCUAUUUCUUGGGCAUCUGAAAUUGGCAAGAAUUAUUCUAUGUCUGUGUAUCUUGUACGACAACUGACAUCAGCCAUGUUAUUACAAAGAUUAAAAAUGAAAGGUAUUAGAAACCCUGAUCAUUCCAGAGCACUAAUUAAAGAAAAACUUACUGCAGAUCCUGAUAGUGAAAUUGCUACAACUAGUCUUCGGGUGUCCUUGACUUGUCCUCUAGGGAAAAUGAGGCUAACAAUCCCAUGCCGUGCAGUGACAUGUACACAUCUGCAGUGUUUCGAUGCUGCCCUUUAUCUACAAAUGAAUGAGAAGAAGCCCACCUGGAUUUGUCCUGUGUGUGACAAAAAAGCUGCCUACGAAAGUCUCAUAUUAGAUGGGCUUUUUAUGGAAAUUCUUAAUGACUGUUCUGAUGUGGAUGAGAUCAAAUUCCAAGAAGAUGGUUCUUGGUGUCCAAUGAGACCGAAGAAAGAAGCUAUGAAAGUAUCCAGCCAAUCAUGUACAAAAAUAGAAAGUUCAAGUAUCCUCAGUAAGCCUUGUUCAGUUACUGUAGCCAGUGAGGCAAGCAAGAAGAAAGUGGAUGUUAUCGACCUAACAAUAGAAAGCUCUUCUGAUGAAGAGGAAGACCCUCCUGCCAAAAGGAAAUGCAUCUUUAUGUCAGAAACACAAAGCAGCCCAACAAAAGGGGUUCUCAUGUAUCAGCCAUCUUCUAUAAGGGUGCCCAGUGUGACUUCGGUUGAUCCUGCUGCUAUUCCGCCUUCAUUAACAGACUACUCUGUGCCAUUCCACCAUACGCCAAUAUCAAGCAUGUCAUCAGAUUUGCCAGGUUUGGAUUUUCUUUCCCUUAUUCCAGUUGAUCCCCAGUGUAGCCUCUUCCUCAUCGGCAUCAUUGUUUGUUUCAAGCAGUACUGUCCUCCUAUGUUUUUGGAUAGUCUCACCUCACCCUUAACAGCAAGCAGUACGUCUGUCACCACCACCAGCCCCCAUGAAAGCAGUACCUAUGUUAGUUCAUCCAGCAGCAGAAGUGAGACAGGGGUCAUAACCAGCAGUGGAAGUAGCAUUCCUGACAUCAUCUCAUUGGACUAAAGAAGGACGCACUUGAUUCUGGAAAUCAUUUCAUCAAAACUGCUUUUUCUUGGAUCUCUGGUCCAUGGGAGCUAUUUUCUUUUGACAAUUUGAUAUUUAUUGAAAAAUCAGAUGGAUUCUUUUCCUUUCUGAGAGAUGAACAUAGAUGACAGCAGCAAGAACCAAAUGACAGGCAAGGACUUCUUGCAUAUGCUGUACGCUGAUCAUCAGUUACAUGCAGCCAUAAACAGUGUCUUGGGCAGUGGAUUUCAAUUUCAUAUGUUACUGGAUGGAUUUUACAGAUCGUUUUAAAAUUUUUGUUAUAUAAUAAACAGCAAUAAAAAUCAUGUAAAUAUUUGAACUUUCUAAUUAAAAAAAAGAUGUAAUCAUUGAUUCUAGAAUGAUAGCAACUUCUGUUUAACUCAAUGUGAAGGAAAAAAAAAAUAUGGAAAGAAGUCAUGUUUGCUGAAUGAAUCCUUUCCACAGAGAUUUGUUCUAUUUUAUUUAAGUGAUGAAGUUUUGAUAAAUGGCCAGAGCUUGGGUUCCACUUUUCUUCAUGAUCCCAUCAAUGAAAAAGGGCCGCUGUGUUGUACAUUUUCUCUUGGUUGUCAUUUAUACUUUGACACUGUUUGCUAAUCAAUGCAGAGUGAAGGUCUGGGCUUUGGCUGCUCUUUAUUAGUGAUUAUGUUUAAGAACUAUGCAGAUUCUGCCCUGACGUAUUUUUUGGUAACUGUACAUUCUCAUUCUAGAGUUUUCUAUAAAUUGGAGGCUUGCAUUCUUAGGAAAGAAAUUGUCUCCAGCCUUUGAGGCUUCAUUUUGGCCUUUCUGAGCUCCCUAAAGCCAGUAGGAUCUGCUGAGGCAAAGGCAGUCCAUCCCAAACUGGAGAAGUGGUAAGGCUAAAAUACAAAUAGGAUCCAGUUCUGCCUGUUUCACUUUGCAUUAUUUUAUGUUGCCAAUCAGAUCUUAACUAUUGGUGUUCUGAGAACACCAUGGGGAAAGAAAACAUAGAUGUUUUAGGAGUAGCAUUUAUUUUUGAUUGACAUAGUAUAUUCAUUACUUUCCAGACUUUUUGUUUCUGAAUGGCUUUUAAAGCUUAAUUUAUUUUAUGUUCUUGAAGUUUAACUCUUAAGUAAAGAGUAUUGUUGUAAAAUGCAAUAUUCCUCUUUCUUUGGCUGUUAUUAGACUGUUCAACAAAUGUUUAGUGUACAGUUGUACCUCAGUUUAUGAAUUUAAUUUGUUUCAUGAUUUUGGGGAAGAUGGCUGCAUUUGUAUUUGUGUGGGGAAGAUGGCUAUGGUUAUGUUUGUUACCUGAUGUAAGAUUGCACAUGAAAGCACAAUUUUGCUGAACACUUUAGUUAGCAAACUGAAGCUUUGGUGAACUGAGGUAUUUGUAAAUAGUGUGGGUUAAAGUAGUUACAAAAGGUAUAGUCUCAGUCCUGAAAGAGCUUGGAAUGCAGUUUUUUUUUAAAAAAAAUCAGGAAUACUUAGUAACAGGCAUUCUGCUAAGGACUUUAUGAAGAUGUUUCAUUGUAGCAGCCUUUCAAAGGAAAGUAUCUCCAUUUUACAAAUGAAGGUGUGUGGGGCAUAGUAGUGGGCUUGGGAGUCUGACCCAGACCUACCUCAGAAGCCCUCUGACUAAACUGAAGUGACGUUAACUAGCUGUGGUGUUUAGGAGACUGGUAUGAAAAUCUAUAUAAAAUUAGUUUCAGACCAUAACCAUGGUAAUCAUUAGGAAAGGUGAAUACCAGAGCCUUUCAGAGGAAAAUUGAAGACUUGGGCAAGAGUAUUGCCAAGAGUUUUGAGGCCAGCCUAGACUACAUAGGGAGGACCCCCCCCCAAAAAAAAAAUUCAGUGACUGAACAGUAAGGGCUGUGUCAGUCCUCAAACCCAGGGCUGUUAUCCUUCCAUACUGUUACAACUUGGGGGAAGACAGUGCUAUUUACAGAGAUAAGAGGCAGUGUGGUUAGUCAUUUAGGGGAAAGGAGUUUAAGCAGGGGUUAUCAGGAAGCUUCUGUGAGUCUCAUUGGUUUUUCUGCAGUCUU